AACGACGACAGCUGAGAGAAAAACACGGGGAGGAGAACCAGAACUAAGAACCAGAACUAGAACUAAAAACCAGAACCAGAACCAGAACUAAGAACCAGAACCAGAACUAAGAACCAGAACUAAGAACCAGAACUAGAACUAAAAACCAGAACCAGAACCAGAACUAAGAACCGGAACCAGGAGAACCAGAACCAGAACUAAGAACCAGAACCAGAAUUAAGAACCAGAACUAAGAACCAGAACUAGAACUAAAAACCAGAACCAGAACUAAGAACCGGAACCAGGAGAACCAGAACCAGAACUAGAAACCAGAACCAGAACUAGAAACCAGAACCAGGAGAAGCAGAACCAGAACUAAGAACCAGAAUCAGGAGAAAAUAAAAAACACCAGAGAUCGAACCAGAGACACGACAAGAACCAGAACCAGAACUAAAAACCAGAACCAGAGGAACCAGAACCAGAACCAGAGGAACCAGAACCAGAACCAGGACCAUGAGUGACUCUGAGAACUUGUUUCCUCCCAGUUUGUCGGCUGCUCUGCUGAAGUUGGAUCCAGAAGAUGGAGAACAGAUCAUGGAAUAUCUGAAGACUCAUGUCCUGCUGAGCAGAGAGAAAGCUCUUCUUCAGGCAUCGGUCAGAGAACAGAAGAAACUUCUGGUGGAAAACUCAAAACUAAAGAAAGACAUCGAGCAGCUGAGAGUUCAACUCCAGGAAAAACAGAGGAGGAGAACUGCCAAAGCGCUGCUCUCUCAGAACCCGUCCCCUCCCAGCCUUAGCCCCGCCCCCGCCUCACCUGUGGUUCCGGCUGCUCCGGCUGAAGCCCCGCCUCCCUCCUCUCAGGUGAGGAGGGAGAAGUGGAGUCGGAGGAGGAGAGCUCGCCCCGCCUCCGACCCUCUGGGGGCGGUUCCUCCGGUCGACGUGUCGCGACUCGACCUGAGAGUCGGACGAAUUGUGUCGGUCCGACGCCACCCGCUGGCAGACGGCCUGACGGUGCAGGAAGUGGAGGUCGGAGAAGACGCUCCUCGAACAGUCGUCAGCAAACUGGGAGAGAAAACACACCUGGAGCAGCUUCCUGGUUCCCUAGUCGUGUUGCUAUGCAACGUGAAGCCCUGUAAGCUGAGGGGCGUGGCCUCCCAGGCCCGCCUCCUCUGUUGCUCCGCCCCUGACGAUGAUGACGUGGCGCUGCUGCUUCCUCCUUCAGGCUCCGUCCCUGGAGACAAAGUCACUGUUACCAGUUACCAUGGUGAUCCGGACCGGUUGCUGCCUUCAGGUCUGUGGAAGUGUCUCCAGGUGGACCUCCAGGUGGACGUAGGGGGCGUGGCCUCCUAUAAGGGCGGCAGCCUGCAGGUGAAGGGGAAGGGCCGCUGCAGAGGCCCCGCCCUCACCUGCUGCUGCCUCAGGUAGAGUCCAAUCAGGAAGCUCCCCCUGCUGGUCCUCAGAGAGCUGCAGGAAGCCGAUUGGACGGCAGAGAGAUCUCCAUGACAACAUCUCCAGAGGAGCCAAUCAGACGGCUGAUGCAGAUUUAAAUGUUUCAGAAUAAAAGUCUUUUACUAAAAACCCUGAAAUAAAAAAAAAUGUCUGAGAGGA